AUGGGCAAUCCACAAUAUAUCAACAACGCCACCUUCCAAGGAGCUGACAACAAUCCCGACGUUCAGAAUCUCAAUCCAGGCACACAAGGUGUCGACUUCAACGAGCCUAACUCAUCGGUCCUCAUUCCAUUUACACCUGGCAUAACACCCAUCCUCAGCUCAGUUUCCGUUCCUCCGAACACAUCUAACGUCGACAGCAUCACUGUCAUCGUCAGAGGACCCGACGGAACAGUAUUUAUCAACGAAACCACACCAUCAGGAACGACAAUAGUCACUGCCACGUACACACAACCUCUACCCGAAAACAGCACAGUGACCAUUACGUUCCACACACCAGAUGAUUCGCCUGCAGAAGGUGUCACAGUUUCUAUUAUUGCAUGCUACACGCCAUCGGAAGCCACGACAGUUAUUACAAGUGGAACAGUGCCACCAACUAUUUCUGGCUCAACUCCAUCCAUCACCAUCAGCAGUGUCAUCACUCAAACAACUGGCACUACAGCCACACCCGGUACAGGAUUGAGCACAUUGACACCAGGAACUGGAGCCACUGGAGCCACUGGAGCAACGCAAGGCACCGGAGCAACGCAAGGAACAGGAGCAACACAAGGUACUGGCGCUACACAAGGUACUGGUGCUACACAGGGAACUGCAGGCACUGGAGCUACUCAAGGAACACCAGGAACCGGAGUAAGCACACUGACACCAGGAACCGGAGCCACCCAAGGAACACCAGGCACAGCACCAACUGGAGCUACUGGAGCUACUGGAGCUACUGGAACUCAAGAAACAACUGCAGUGACGACUACUGUGAUAUGUCCACUGACGGAAGUGUACCGAACUGUGUUAAGCGUAUCCUGUACACAGGUGUGCUGUUGGACAUUUGGUGAAACUUUCACCGAAACCGGAGCGGUUUAUAUCGGGAAAUUGAAUUCGUCGAAAUUGACGUCUGUUGAAUAUGUGCAACUAUGCGCGAAAUGGGACUUUUUUGGAACACCAGGUACGGGCGCGAGCACGCUGACGCCAGGAACCGGAGCCACCCAAGGAACACCGGGCACAGCACCAACAGGUGCCACUGGAGCUACUGGAGCCACUGGAGCAACUGGAGCAACACAAGGAACUGGAGCAACACAAGGAACUGGAGCUACACAAGGAACUGGUGCUACACAGGGAACUGCAGGCACUGGAGCUACACAAGGAACACCAGGUACAGGAGCAAGCACAGUGACGCUAGGAACUGGAGCUACGCAAGGAACACCUUCGAGCGGAAUAUAUGAGUCCACUUCGUAUGGUACUUUUGGAAGCAGUACGUCGUUCGUCAGUAUUAGUUCUUUGGUAACUGUGGAGACAACGAAGACUACAGUGACACCGAGUGGAAAUCAAACUGUCACAAGUGGUGCCCCAUGCUACAAUAGUGAUGUGAUGUAUUACAAUGAUGCAGUUGUACGAAUUAAACAGUUGGAAACGAAUAAUCUGAUACCAGUAGCAUCAAUGCGCGCAGAUGCUGCGGGAUACAGCUCAUUGGACAUUGAACGCCCUACAUUUUUGGUUGAGUUGAACGAAUAUGUAGUUUCGCGGAUUGUGUCGAUCUCUAUACCAAUGAAGGAUGGUGCAAGUAAUGUGAAUCAGAUCGUAGUCAAAUUCUACAGUACGAACGGUGAAAUUAUCCGAAAUGGCACAGGGCAAUUGUGGGUUGUUGAAACAAUACCAGGCGUUACGACUAUUCAGCAACUGGUACCCCAAGUACCAAUUGGCAAAUUGGAAAUCAAGGUAAUCGGCACGACAGAUGGUGGUUUACCGAAAAAUAUUAGUAUCAUAAUAAUUGGAUGUAUUCCAUAUGAGGGUGAAUCAUCUACAACAGCAGCUAGCACUGUGGAAGUGACCGGUGUAUCAUCUACAUCGGCUACGACAGGGCCCAGUGUUUGUGUUAAAAUCGAAGCAAUGAAAUCAGAAGCUACAGUUAUUGAAGAUAUAUCAACUACUCCAGAGCUCACUGUUAAUGUGAAGAACUUUACUGUAGGUCAAAGUGGCGUUAGUUUUCCUGAAACAGCAGUGAAUCCCAAUAUAACUAUCGUAUUUAAUCGUCCUGGCAAUUUGUUUGUUGUCAAAGUGCCUGAAGAGAGCGAGACAAAUGUUAAUCAGAUUGCUGUAUCAUUUUUUGAUGAAAAUGAUAAUUUGAUUGUGGCAUAUACCUCACCAUCGGAUUCGCCUGCCCUUCCAAGCACUUUAGACGUGAACAAUGUUUGGAAGAUUGUUAUCGAGAUCGUAUCAACAUUCGAUGACGAAAGUCCGAAGAACGUUACCCUCAGUGUCAUCGGAUGCUUCUCUGAAGUUACGCGAUCGCCGUCAACAACGAAAGUAACUGGCACUACAUCAGGUUGCGUUUUAACUCAGUGGCAAGAAUGGUCAACGUGUUCAGCUGAAUGUCAACACGGUCGUACCCGAUCUCGAACACGUUCCGUUAUCAGUGGCCAAUGCCAUCAACCAUUAUACGAGACAGACUCAUGUUCUGACGUAUCUUGCGAAGAAUGUACGAUUACGCGUGAAAAAUACCGCCAACAAUUAGACCGAGAACCACCAAGUGACGAUUUCGUCGGAUAUUUAAUCAACUCGACAACCUUGGAAGUAACAAAUAUAUCAAUUAAGAUUGAUGACAAGAUUGAUCGAAACGCAUCGAUAUUCAUCAAUAAUUGCACUCGUCUCACUUGUAAACCAAAUGGAAUAACCAAGGAACAAGUUCCAUGUUUAGAGGACUGCAAAUAUACUCCAUGGUCCCAAUGGAGCAGAUGCAAUGCAUCAUGCGGCAAAGAAGGAUCCCGAAUACAUUCACGCAAUUUAAUUCCAACAUAUCCAUACAAUCCAUUGUGUGCUCGACAAAUAACGGAAACACUACCAUGCAUAGGCGAUCCAUGCCCAUGUGUGAAAGGUGUGAACUGUACAUGUGAUGUCACUGAUUGGUGUCAUUGGUCAUCAUGCUCAAAAUCAUGUGGUACUGGUCAACAGGAACGUACUCGUCAAUUUAGAACAUCAGAAAAUGAAAAUUGCACGGACACAAAUCUACGUGAAACACGGCCAUGUAACCCACAAUGCUGCCGCAUCGAUGGUAAAUUUACAGAAUGGUCAACUUGGUCAACAUGUUCAAAACCAUGUGAUUGCGGAAUACAAUAUCGAAAUCGAUCGUGCACUAAUCCAGCACCUUCAUGUGAUGGCAAAGAAUGUACAGGAAAUUCAUACCAAACACAAGUGUGCCAUUCCCAUUCAUGUGAAUCAAACUGUACUAAUGGUAAAAUCUAUCACGAAUGCGCUAACGAUUGUGAUCGUACAUGUGACUCCUUAACAUGCGACAAUCAAUGCCGACGUCCAGAUACUUGCGUGCCAGGUUGCAUAUGUCCUCCACCUAAAAUUAUGGCACCUAACGGACAAUGUGUCGAGCGUAAAGAAUGCGUCUGUCGUCUACCAACAGAUAACAGUACGUUGGUGAAUGGUGAAAGCAAUGUACGAGAUUCUUGCACUAAAUAUACAUGCAAAGAUGGUUGCGUCGUCAAAGAAGAUAAGAAUUGUACUGUGUGUGAAUGGUCACAAUGGGGACCAUUUACUGAUUGUUCGAACACUUGUAACGGCACACAGAGUCGCUUCCGAACAUACGGUGGAAGAAAUUGUCCAGACAAUCGUACAGAAGAAUACAAACGAUCAUGUUCUUCGAAUUGUACAAUUGUUUGUACUUAUAACGCACCAAAUGGUUCGGUCAUUACAUAUAAAGUGGGCGAAAUCAUUCGGGAAACGCCAUGUGAAAAAAUUGUUUGUCGCGAAACAGGUAAGAUUGAUAUUCAACCAGUUAGUGGUGCAAAUGUCGAUGGAAAAUGGAGUUUAUGGACGCAUUGGACCGAAUGCAGUCAAACAUGCAAAGGAAUACGUAAACGAUAUCACUUAUGUAUUUCACCCGAGCCCAAGUGUGCUGGAAAGACAUGUAUGGCAUUACCAGAUUCUGAAGUUGAUUAUGUAACCACUGAAAAUAACCACACUGUUCGUCGAGAAACGCAGUAUGAACAAUGCAAUGAGAUCUGCACUACAAGUCCAGUACCUACAACAACUGUUACCCCACCAGUUACGACUCCUCACACAGAAUGUUACGUACAGAAUGGAUCGCAAGUUAUUGUCGUACCACCUAAGCAAAUUAUAGUCAAUCCAGCCAAUCCAUGUGAACAGUGUACUUGCCGCCACGGCAAACUUGACUGUUUUACUACAUGUGCUGAAAACGAACAGACAUGUUUAUCGAGACAAGAUCAAGAUUCAAACUACCGUUACACGUGGAUUCCUCCUCAAUCUGGCCAUUGCUGUGGUACAUGUAACAAGACUAGAAUCGAAAGUAAAUGUCGUCUGGAAAUAUUACCCGCCGAGCGUGUUAAAGUUCAUAACGGUAAAUGUGUAUCAUUGACCGAAGUUCCACGUGAACGAUGUACUGGUGGUUGUGAGUCUGGUGCAAGCAAUACAUUAGAAAUGGGCAAUGAGCUCUAUUCAUUUGGCAAUUCGACAUGUAUGUGCUGUGGACCAAGCGAUACUUACACCGAAGAAAUAUCGAUGGAAUGUGCAACAGUCGGCGUUCCUCGAUUCAUUACGACAGCUCUCUACACACGUAUCCGAUCGUGUGAUUGCAAAGCUUGUCAAGGUUAA